AUGCAUGAUGCGGUCUUACCGUCAUCGCCGUCUUGCCAAAUCUUUGCCGAUCGCUUGCCACAGUGGACGUUGCCAGAUUUGUCUCGAAAAUGGAGUGACAGGAACCCGAAGCCUCCAAUAGUUGUAUACUACCCGCAUUUCUUAACAUCAGAAAUUGAUCAUGGGAUUGUGGACUGUGUCGCGUUCUACGGUGAUUCAAUCAUUUCCAGGGCCUACAGCAUCCUCGCGGCACUGUGGACCAUGCUGCGAGUACGGAUCGAGGAGAGGACUUCCAAGCCGGGUCGACCAACACCGCGCUUACAGAGCGGGGAGAGCGAAUCGCUCUCAAAUCAUGCACGACAUGCGGCUUCAGCACCGAUGAACUAUCACAGCUCUGUGAGAAAGCGCUGGAGUUCCAUCGACACGACAAGAUUGCCUGGAACAGGAAAGAAUGCGACCAUGCUGAGGAUCAGUCUCUGGGCGAUCCGAGACUAUGCUAUGACGAUGAGGAGAAAGCGAGUUGAUGGCGGCGCUGCUGCAAGAUGCAAGGAAGGCUUGAACUUGUUCGGACCACCUAGCAUCUCUUCAAGCUACAGAUCCCAGAUAAACGUCUGCACUCCUCCACGAAAUCACACGGACCACACUUCUGAUGAUGCGUUAUACCUCAGGGAGAACGAUGAUAAUUUGGGACACACUAGUGAUCAACACUAUGUAGACGGAGAGCCCCGGGGAAGACCUGCCAAGAGAAGAUGUGCCAUAUGUCAUAUGCCUUGGAAUCCCCGGCAAGAGCAGACUCUGCGAGCGGGGAAGGAACAAGAUCAGAGCGGGGAAGAUAUAGCCACAAGAUUAGACAGAACGCCUAGAGGAGUGAGGCAGCAUUAG